UUAACCCGCACGCGGAAAAGGAAGUAGGCAGCCCAGGCCAGGCCAGGACAGGGAAGACCGGCUGGUCCAUUCAGGCGGCGGCGGCGCACACCCAGCACCACCAGCAGCAAGGGGAUCAGCGAGGAGGCAGCAGAACCCCCGCCGCGGCGGCGCCCGGAGCAGGAGUGAAAGGCAUUAAGGAUGGUGAACCAUAACGACGAGUCCGAAGGGCUCAAAUUCAACGCGGCGCACCUGAUGCAAACAACUGAAGAGGUUGCAAAAGCAUUUAUUUCUGCUGCUUCAGCUGCCACCGUGCAGUCGACACGGCCAUCUGUGGUCUAUUCCUCUGGAGAAGAGAGCGGCAGCCCGAUGCGGAAGCUGCAGCAGCAAUUUUCGAAAAUCAUGAAAGGUUUUUCAAAUUCACCUGAAGUGUCUGGAACGUACAAUCCAGAAAUUCUCACUACGCACAAGCGGCAGUGGUCGAGGUUCCAGCUCAAGUCAUUGGGCAAUCGGUGCAUCAAAGAACCAUCACAUAUUUUUGAGAGCAUAGUGAUUGUGGGGCUUCCUCCUCAGGCAGAUAUCCAUGAGUUAGAAAACAUCGCUCUAGGGAGAAACGAUGAUGAUGCAAAGAAAUCCAGAAAUAUAUUUGGCAACAACCACCACCAAGUUCACGCUGUAUCAAAUUUGGAACCUCAGGUCCUUUUUACAUACCCUCCCGAAAGAUCUCUCCCACUCAAGUACAAGGAUAUUGUCUCAUUCUGCCUUCCUGGAGGUGCACAGGUUAAUGCUGUUGAACGGACUCCUUCAUUUAGUGAGCUGAACGAAAUCCUCCUAGGACAGGAACAGCUCAAAGAAAGCAAUCAAUCUUUUGUGUUCCGGUUACAGGUUGCCGAUGACCCUACGUUAUAUGGAUGCUGUGUAUUGGUUGAAGAGAUUGUACAAAGACCUUCAAAGCUAGUUUCGAUGCUCACGAAUGAAAAGCCUGUAUUUCCACGCCUCAGUCGUUAUGUAGUAACCACACCCAGAUGUUAUUGCAUCCUGUCUAGGUUGCCAUUCUUUGAACUGCAUUUUGGGGUGCUACAGAGUAUUCUUAUGGAAGAACGACUUGAAUGGCUCACAGAUGGUGUUAGCAUGCUAAAUUCGUUAUCACCUGAUGAAAUCUGUGAGGAUGAUAAUAAUCGUGAAGGCACUGAAGUUGUAGGACAGAAACUGUAUUUUGAUGGUACAAUAGUAGAAAUAUCCUCCGAACCAAAUAUGGAUGUUUCUAAGCAGCUGUCUGACACGGACAGCAGCUCUGGGUGUAGGGAGAACCAACUGGACUUCAUCUCCCAAGAAGGCCAACAGGAAAGUGGUUCUCCUCUCAAAGGACAGAAUGAUCUUGCAACAGUAACGGCUACUCAGUGUGAUACUGCAGAAGAGCCUGACAAUUGCGCUUCAUAUACUGCAGAAGAGCCUGACAAUUGUGUUUCAGACGAUUUAACGACUGAUCUAUCUGGAGUUAAGACACAUGGACUGGAUUCUAUACCUGUUGUUCCGAAUGAAUCCGAUGCCGAGAAAAUUUGGAAUAUUUCAGACGAUACAACAACUGAUAUAUCUGGAGUCAAGACCCACGAACUGGAUUCUAUACCUGUUAUUCUAAAUGAAUCCGACACUGAGAAAAAUUGGGAUUUUUCACAUGAAAUUGUGUAUGAUGGAGAACUUGAUAUCUUUGUCAAUGAUACUAUUUUGCCACUUAUACGGUCACGCCUUAGUGAAGGUUCUGAAUCGCCUCUAAGUUCCCAAGAUUCUCCUUCUGAAAGCAUAAAUUCGAGAAAUGGUACCCACGACAUGGAUUUGGAGGAGCCAUCUUCUAUCGGCCAUGGAGACGUAGUUGGGCACAACAGUAUAUUGCAAUGGGCUAAGGCAAAAAAAUAUGGAUCUCUGCAAGUCGUCUGCCAGUACUACCAGUUGCAGUGUCCGGCCAGGGGUUCAUCACUUAAUUUUCAUCCAUUGGAGCACUUACAUUCUUUGAAGUUUCACCGGCCAGGUGAAACCGCUCUUCAUCUUGCUGGGUCGACUAUUGAUCUCCGGUCGCGUGAUACAAGCUUAGAGGUGGCUGAGAUGCGCAAUGCACUCUACGCUGAGGAGGAAUCGACUGCUUUAUCCACAUGGGCUGUUGCAUCCCUAUGUGGAUGCCUCAGGUUGGAACAUGUCAUGUCACUUUUUGCUGCAGCACUCUUGGAGAAACAGAUUGUUAUUGUCUGUUCUAAUUUGGGAAUGCUUUCGGCUUCAGUUUUGUCCAUGAUACCUCUAAUACGACCAUACCAGUGGCAGAGUCUACUCAUACCGGUUUUGCCAAAUGACAUGCUCGAUUUUCUGGAUGCGCCUGUUCCAUACAUUGUUGGUGUACAGAAAACAUCUGAUCUGCAAUCCAGGCUAGCAAACGCCGUCAUUAUUGAUGCCAACAAGAAUCAGAUUAAAUCUGCUUCAAUCCCGCAACUUCCGCAACAGAGAGAGUUGCUUUCUAAUUUGCGCCCAUAUCAUUCAAGACUUGUGGGAGAAAGUUACCUCGCAAGAAAACGCCCUGUCUAUGAAUGCACAGAUGCCCAGGUCGAAGCGGCCAAAGGUUUCUUGGCAGUGCUUAGAUCCUAUCUUGAUUCUCUGUGCUCCAACCUAAGAUCUCACACGAUUACCAAUGUGCAAUCCAACAAUGACAAGGUUUCAUUAAUUUUAAGAGAGAGCUUCAUCGGUUCUUUUCCAACCCGGGAUAGGCCCUUUAUGAAGCUGUUUGUAGACACACAAUUGUUCUCGGUACAUACCGACCUAGUCCUCUCCUUUUAUCAGAAGGACUGAGUCUCUCUUAACGGCUUGACUAUGUCAUCAGUGACAUGAUUUUUCCAAGCUGCUUUUCGACGUUGAGCUCAACUGUACAUAUGGUCGUAGAAAAAUAUGAGCCUCCUUUGGCAGCUCAUAGUGGGUUAGAAGCUGCAAGGUCGGACAACAACCCAUAUACUGUUGGCGAAGUUAUAGAUUAUUGGGAUCCAGGUAAUGUUAAACCGGAAGCUGCCCCUCGGGCUGCUGUUGUAAAUUAGUUGUUGCUUGGCUGUGCUACUCCAUGAAAAGAUUUUGUAGGCAGUAGCACUUGCCACAGAAAAAAACCCUCUGGUUUGUUCAUCAUACAAUGCAUGUAUGCCAAUGGUCCAUGCGGUGCAGCUUGUAGUUCCUAUAAGGGGAGGAAAAAAAAGAGGAAGAAAACUGUUAUUUAAGAUUAUAUUAGAGUAGAAGUGAUGCAAUGUCAAAGGACUCUGUAUCUCAGUUUUGCAGCGUGGCAUUUCGUGUACAAACAGAUGUAAGUGUGAUAUACUCGUACAUGGGACUUUGAAAAACCAUGACUGUUUUGCUCAA